AUGGGUCAGACUGGGCUCCCUGUCCAGGAAGGGAAAAUUCUGAGUUGCACAGCAGGAUGUGAGUAUGGGAGAGUGACCAGCAGGAGCAGAAUGUCACUAAAGCUCAUCUGCUUCUACCUCUGCUUUUUGAUUGCACCAAGUCACACAGGUGAAGAUGCUUUGCUGCCAGCACCUCAGAAUAUCUCAAUUCUUUCUACCAACAUGAAGCACUUCUUAACUUGGAGUCCUGUGAUCGUCCAGGGAGAAACUGUGAGAUACAGUGUUGAGUUUCAGGGGGAGUAUGAACGAGAGUAUGCCAACGAGAGCUGGAUUCCCAUCUGUGAGUGCUCCCUCAUUGCAGCCACAGAGUGUAACAUCACAGAGGACAUCUCAGCCACUGUGGCCUAUAACCUGCGCGUAAGGGCAAACGCUGGUGCCAGAAGAUCAGAGUGGGGCACCCUGCAAGGUUUCUUCAAUCGCAUAACAACUUCCCUGACCCCACCUCUGAUGAAGGUCAUAGCAGAUGGGUACCAUUUACUAGUGCAACUGGAAGACAUGGGGCCUGCUUUUCAGUUCUGUGUUCUCUACUGGAAGAAGGGCCAUGAAAGUAGGAUGCAGCAGAAGGUGGUGAAAGAGGUCAACUCUGUGGUUCACCUGGACACCAUGGAGGCAGGACUUGAUUAUUGUGUAAAAGCCCAGGCAAAGGUUGAGGCCAUCAACAGAAGCAGCAGCUUCAGCCAGACACAGUGUGUGAGGGCACAAGGUGGCACAUCCAUGUGGCUGGUUACUGCCCUCAUCUCUGCUGGUUUUGCUAUGGCUGCUCUGACUCUGCCUUUCCUUACCUGGAAAGCAAGUAAAAUCCUCUCCUACUCCUUCUGUCCCACUGCUGUCCAGCCAGACACACUGAAAAUAUCAGAUCCCCCCACCCAGCUGAUGCUGUGUGGCAGUGAAGAAGCUGAGCAGCGUGAUCUGAUGGUGCGUGUCAUACCCUCAGAAGAAGUUCUCCGACUGUGGAUCCAAGAAACACUUUAG